UUCAAGGUGUACUGGUAACAGGAAUUUCCUUUGCUCCACCCUUUCCCUGAACAUUAGGCUUGAAUUUUAUCGAGGACCUGCAAAAUCACCUUCAAAGAGCUGCCAUUGACUGCAUAUCGAUUAGCACAGCUAUUCGGCCAGGGUUCCAGCAUGAAGCACUUUACCAUCGUGCCUUGUACUACCAUCACCCUCAUCUUCCUCUCCAUCAUUCUUCGGAGUUCUUACUUAGCAGAGGCCAAAAUGAGCUCCAGAGUCUCCUUGACAGACCAUGGGGACAAUGGGAGCCAAUGGCCAUGCCCUGAUGUGCAAUUCUGCUCAGAUGUCGCCAAGUGCUGCCAGCUUGGGGUAGACGAGUAUGGCUGGAUUGCAGCUGCUGUUGGCUGGAGCCUCUGGUUUCUGACUCUCAUCCUGCUCUGUGUGGCUAAGAUCAUGAAACUCAGUCCCGACGAACCCAAGUAUUUGCAAGCAUGAGAGUUGGCAAGCCAGCAAGCACCAGCAUUCACCACGGUCAUCCAGGGAGAAGCAAAUGGGUUAAGAAGCAAUUAACUGCUUUGCUGAAGAAAGAAAAGGAUAGUCGGUCAUCUUAUACCAAAAAUGGGUCCAGAUCCAAGUGAGGCAUGGCAGUGCCUUCCCUGGGAAGUUUUAUAGCUGAUCCGCUCGAGCCAGCCAAGUCCUGGAGGGGAUGCCAGUCCCUUGAGUAAUUUACAAUUAGUCUUAUCAUGCAGAAUGCCCCCUUUCCUGGAUACCUGUACUCUGCUGUGAGCUUGCCACCUGCAAAUCACCUAUCAGUGGCCCACAUAAUGCUUACAGAGGACAGUUCAGUACAUAGCUUUUGACUGUCAAGCAGACAACAGGUUAGUGAAGCUAAUUUUAUUUAUAAAAGAUGCCCCAUUAGCAGCUCCAUAGCUAAGAGUGUGUAACCUGGACCAAAUCCUCAGCUGGUAUGAAUUGAUGUAACUCCACUGCUUUUAUGGAGUUGUCUUCACACGAAAGUUGCACUGGUUAAACUAAAAAUGCAUUAAAACUGACUUAUUUAAACUAGUGCAGACUUCUGUGUGGACACUCAAGGCUUGUCUACACACUAAAAUUGUGCUGGCUUAAUUUAGAACUGAUUCAGUUCAGCUAGUGCAACUUCUGUGUAUGGAUUCUCUUGAAUCAGUUCAAAAUUGCACCAUCUUAAUUUAAAACAGUUUUUUAAUUAUAUAUUUACACCGCUGCGAACCCAUCUGGACUCACUUUGGUUUAAGAGAGCCUCAUUUUGUUUUAAUAAACCUAUAUCAACUUAAACUAAACCCAAAAAAGCCACCGUUAAACCAAAGUAAGAGUGUCCACACACGGGUUUGCACCCUUUUAACUAAAUCAGCUUAAAUUCAUACUUAGGUUCCAACUGUGCAACUUUCCAGUCUAGACAAGGCUCAAGUCAAUUUAAAAACCCACCUUUCAGACCUUGUCUACACCUGUGGUGGUGGCAUGUAGGCACAUGUAGCUCCACAGUGCAGUGAGAAGUAGGGAGGCAGUGGGACCUGUGAGGCACUGCUUGGAUGUGCAGAGAACUGGGUAGGGUAUAUACCCUAACAAGACACCAUUUAAUACAAGGGAACUCCUCUGUGGAAAGAAACGCUGAGCUGAAAUUUUAAAAUCAGGAAAUGAAGCAUUAAAAAGGAAGAAUUUUAUUCUUUUGUGGCUUUUUUAUUGUGAAUUUUUUUUUAAACAUGCACAGAAAUACCAGUAGGAAACAAUCACAAAACAUCGCUCAUCAAGAAAACCUCACCAUUUCAACAUGCAAAAAUUAAACAAAAGCAACAUUCAUCUAACAAAUAUUGGUGUUGGACCCGCCAACUACUCCUUUUCACAAAAAAUAUAUAUAAACUUGUAUAUUUACAAACUUACAGAAACAAAGGAUUUGUAUUUUGUCAUCAUUGAUUGAAAGGACAGUGAGUGACAGUUAAACACUGUAAAUUACGGAUGAAUCACAAAUCUUAUAGCUAUAUAUACACAAUGGUUUUGUUCUGAUCUAUUAUUUUAAUAGUGGAAAGUUGUAUAUUGGUCUGACUGCAACACGAUGUAUGAUGUCAAAAACACCACAUAUUGCCUAGUGUCCACAUGCUGCAGAACCCUUCCUAUUCUUCGCCAGUUUUAGGAGAAUGUUCCCCAGAUCAGAAAUAGAUCAGUGGCUGCUGGAAGUGGGAUUAGCUACGAUUUCUAUAUUUUUUUUCAUUACCUUGGCUAAAUUCGGAAAAAAAUCAUGGCUCUUGAUACAGUGCAAUUCCACCACAAAACAUACUUUAUACACCAGAGUCUUGGGGCAACAGCCUCCCAUUCUCAGCAAGAGGCCGGUCUGAAUUAUAUUUACUAAAUUAAUUUAGAAUUUUUGUUGUAAAAUGGAUGUAUCCCAGAUCCCCACUCCUGUGUAAAUUUCUUAUGUAGUACAAGGGCCUUGUUUGCAAGCUGCAUAAACCCCUUGCAUUUGACAUUACCAAAAGACAACUACACAGUACAGCAUAUGAUUUUAAAUAUCUAUUUGGGGCUGGAUCCAUAGCCUUUCAGUUGGAAUCACUCCAUUGACUACCGCAGGCUUUGCAUCAGGCCCUUAAGGAAAAUGCAGUCCUGUUUGUGAAUGUCAAGAGUAUAAUACUACCAUCAUCAAUAUGCUCUGGGGUCCUUAGAAGAAGUGGCAGUAUCCAAAAAGCUCGCAGGCUACCAGUGCAAACAAUUUAACAGUCCCAUUUGUACACAGUAAGUUAUGAUGUAAUUAAAACUCUUCUAAAAACAGAGAUGGUCAAUGAGGCAUGUAUUAUAUUUUUGCAAUGAUACGUGUUGAGAGAGACAAGCACAAUGUAAAAUACACACACACACGGCAAAUCGCCAACUGGUCUUCCAGUACAGGAUUUCAAGAAUCAGACAGCAAUUGCAGAAAGUGCAAAAUAAAAGGUUGUAUCCAAAAGACUCUGGAAAUGGCCUUUAUAAAGAUAAAUAGAAAAAUAACUAAUGGGCUAUCUUAUACACAGCAGGGUACCUCAUAGCUGGUGCACAACAGUUCACAGUACCCAAGUACAACCAAACGUUUAUUUGUGAUAUGCAGCUAUAUUUGUUAGCGUAUUUGGGAGAUGAAAAACACCUCACUGUAGGAUUUAUGUUGUGGAGCUGCUAAAUAGCUUCUUUCUGACGGAUGAAAUCACAACAGAAGGUUUUUCAAUAUGAAGAUACACAACAAAUAAGAUGUCCAGUUUUCAUUUGUAAGCCAAAGAUGAUUCAGUAGUGCAGCACCUUUUACAACUGUGUUCUUUAUGCAAAACCAUGAAGCAUUUAGUCUGCUACAGUUACGCUGCUAAUAAUAAAUACAUCCGACCAGAACCUCAGCUGGUGUAAAUCUGCAUAGUUUUAUUGACCUCAAUGGAGCUAUACCAAUAUAUCCCACUUGUCCCAACUUUUAGUUUUGGCAUUACAAAUCAGCAAAGCCAACCAAUCUUUCACAGUACAGCACGUCAAGCCCGACUAACUUUUGUGCAAGCUUCAUUUUCAUCUGCGAUAAACCUCACAACUCUUAAGCUAGUACAUACUGUACAGGUGUUAUCAGAUUGUUUAAGAUGUUUUAGGUACCCACAUGUCUAAGGGUAUGUCUAUACUACCUGCUGGAUCAGCGGGUAGCAUUCGAUGUAUCAGGGAUCAAUUUAUCGC